CCGACAUAACCAUGCCUUCUCUCGACCGAGGACGUACCGCCUGUGUAAUUAUAAUUCAGCGGACAUGCACUAGCCAGAAUUUCGAUUUCAUCAGUAACUUGAAUUGCUCCUAUCUAUUUGCGCAUUUAUUCAAACAUGACAGCAUCGAGCGAGGCAAGCGAUGAUUGAUGUAUAAUAUGGCGGCCUGUGAACCAUCGAAUAAGAAGCCGCCAAGCGGCCGAUCCGUUUAACUUUCAAUCACAUCCGCAAUCAACGGUCCAGCAUUCUCACAUCCAGAUUUCACCUUCACUGCAAUUUGGAUAACUGAGAGUGCAGCCAAAAAAUCCCCCAUGGCGUCGCGGUUUCCGCACUCCAACCUUCACCAACGCGACCCUCGCGCCGCAUCGUCACUCUUCGAUUCCUACGGCAGUAGCGGAAAUGGCGAUCGAUCGCGACCCUCGAGUAGACACACACCCAGCUACGGCGCCUAUUCCGGUGCUGUCAGUGAUGGAUAUCCGAAUGGGAAUUUGACCCCUGGAAGUUCGGGGUAUCGUGCGGCAACCCCUAACUCGAGGGGCCACUAUUCGGAUUCUGUUCUUUCUGAACUUGAAUCACAAAACGAUAAUGAGGUCGAGGGGAUCACAGCGAAGGUCAGGGCAUUGAAAGAACUUACGGUGGCCAUCGGUGACGAGAUUCGCUCGUCCUCCAGCCUAGCAGAAUCCAUGAACGAGGCAUUCGAUAACACCCGCGUACGUCUUCGAGGAACCAUGAAUCGUAUGCUGCGCAUGGCCGAACGAACGGGCGUCGGCUGGCGUGUGUGGUUGCUUUUCUUCCUGGCCGUGUUUUUGCUGUUUGCCUAUGUAUGGCUUUUCUAGGCAUUUCCCUUUGCACCCACAUUCAUUGUCAUCUUUAUAUACAGUAAUCUGCAUGGACAUGGAGUUUGGUUUGGUACAAAAAAGAUAUGUUUUAUAUUUGCUACAGCUGUUUAACUGAACAUAUUGUACAUUUUUACACUGCAUUUAUAGACAUAUUGCUUUGUGCAAGAAUAUGAAUACUACUUAUAAUUAAGAGCAAAGCACGAAGAAUAAUACGAAAUGGAACAGGUGAUGCUUCUAUUUAUGAUAUUUAACCGUCAACCCAAACGCC